CGCUGGUUGCUCUGGCUCCUGCUGGGAGAGGCUGCCUCCUCUGAUCCUGCCCACCCCCUGGGAAGGACACCACAGGAAGGAAGGAGAAGGCAAUGGCUGCUGGGCCUCUACUAUUGGGAGUUCAGUUUCAGGAAUCAGUGACAUUCAAGGAUGUGUCUGUAGAUCUUACCUGGGAGGAGUGGGUCCAAUCUAAAUUCUGCUCAGAGGAACUUGUAUGGGAAAGUGAUGCUGGGAAACUACAGUAACCUGGUUUCGCUGGGGCAUCAACUUUCCAAACCAAAUGUGAUAUCUCAGCUGGAUUGAGAACUGAGCCUGAUGACAAAAGAACAUCCAGGGUGCAUUUCCCCAGACUGGGAGAUAAGACUUGAAACCAAAGAGUCAACUACAAAGCCCUAAUUACUGAAGAUUUAUCUUAUGGGGUAAUAAUGGAAAGAGAAGGUCUCUGGCAUUCUUCUUUAGGGGAAACCUGGGAACCUGAUAAUUGGUUAGAGGGGCAACAGAAAAUCCAGGAUAGACAUCUGGGCCAAGUGCAUAUUACCCAUAAGGAAACCCUCACUGUGAGAAGGACAUGUGGAGGUAAUGAAUUUGAAAGAUGUUUCAGUCAGGGUUCAAUCAUUGAUACACAACAAACUAUUCCUGUGGGGAAAAGUCCUCACAGUUGGAAUUCACAUGGAAAAGACACUAAACAAAAUGCUGAAUUAAUUAAAACUCAAAGAAUGUUUGCAGGAAAGAAAAUCUACGGAUGUAAUGAGUGUGGGAAAACCUUCAGCCAGAGUUCAUCCCUCCUUAAGCACCAGAGGACUCAUACAGGGGAGAAACCCUAUAACUGUAAUGUAUGUGGGAAGCACUUCAUUGAACGCUCCUCGCUUACCGUACAUCAAAGAAUUCAUACUGGAGAGAAACCUUACAAAUGUAACGAAUGUGGGAAAACCUUCAGUCAGAGCAUGAAUCUUACUGUUCAUCAAAGAACUCAUACUGGAGAGAAACCAUAUCAAUGUAAAGAGUGUGGAAAAGCUUUCCGCAAGAAUUCAUCCCUUAUUCAACAUGAAAGGAUUCAUACUGGAGAGAAACCCUACAAAUGUAAUGAAUGUGGUAAAGCUUUUACCCAAAGUAUGAAUCUCACAGUGCAUCAGAGAACUCAUACAGGAGAAAAACCCUAUGAAUGUAAUGAAUGUGGAAAAGCCUUCAGUCAAAGUAUGCAUCUUACUGUACAUCAGAGAAGCCAUACUGGAGAAAAGCCCUAUGAGUGUAGUGAAUGUGGAAAAGCCUUUAGUAAGAGCUCAGCUCUUACCCUGCAUCAGCGAAAUCAUACUGGAGAAAAACCCUACAAAUGUAACAAAUGUGGGAAAUCCUUUAGCCAAAGUACAUACCUUAUAGAGCAUCAGAGACUUCAUUCUGGAGUAAAACCUUUUGAAUGUAAUCAGUGUGGGAAAGCUUUCAGUAAGAAUUCAUCUCUUACUCAGCAUCGGAGAAUACAUACUGGAGAGAAACCUUAUGAGUGUAUGAUAUGUGGGAAACAUUUCACUGGGCGAUCAUCCCUUACUGUACAUCAGGUUACUCAUACUGGAGAGAAGCCUUAUGAAUGCAGUGAAUGUGGAAAGGCCUUCAGCCAGAGCGCAUACCUUAUUGAGCAUCAAAGAAUUCAUACUGGUGAGAAGCCCUAUGAAUGCAAUCAGUGUGGAAAAGCCUUCAUUAAGAAUUCAUCCCUUAGAGUGCAUCAGAGAACUCAUACAGGAGAGAAACCCUAUCAGUGUAAUGAAUGUGGAAAAGCCUUCAGUCGGAGUACAAAUCUUACACGGCAUCAGAGAACCCAUACGUGAGGGAAGCUUCCAUGGGAUCCUUCACCGUGAUGAACUCUUCAGUGAUAGAUCAGUCAUGUGCUGUAGAAACCUAAUAAAUGUAACGAUUGUAGUAAUCUUUUAGUUGAAGUAUAAUAUACCAUAUCAGAAAAUACAGACCACUGCAGAGAAACCAUAUAAAAGUGGAGAAAUCUUGAUUCAGAAAGUAAAACUUUAUACCAGAAGGUUUAAGUAGCUAAUGUUCUAAGCAAUGAGGAUUCAUGCUGAGGAUAAGUUCUAUUGUAUUAUACUGCAGAUUCUCCUUUGGACAUCAGAGACUUCACACUGGAGAGGAAAUGUGAGAGUGCUUAACUGGAUAGCCCAAAGACCUGGUAUGUAAUCCUGAUCUGCCACUAACUUGGACAAGUCACCUACUUUCACCAGGUCCCAGUGUCCUUAUUUGGUAAAUGAGAGAUUUUAGAUUUAGAAGGCUCCAAGAUCCCUAUAAGAUCUAAAAUGCUACAAACAUAAAUAUGCUUGA